AACCAACGUCUUCACCCAAUUCUAAAAUAUAUGUAAUUCUGAAAUGUCUUGACCCGAUCAUACCCGUCCUUAGUCGAGCGGUUCCUAUAUGACCCAAGUCAAUGUCAACAAACCUAGAACUUGAACUGGCAAGGGCUACCCGAGCUGCCUACGCGGUAGAAACCGCCCUGCAUCAUGGCCACGCUAUGGUUGGCUCGUUCUGGCCUAGGUUGGAGCCGUGCCCUUAGACGAACCCUCUGCACGUCGCGUAUGGGCUCCGGUUCUGGGUUCGCUCUGGCAUCAAGCCCACGUCUGACAUGGGUAACCCGGGUCGAAGGUUCACACCCUUCUUUGCAACCACGAUGGACUACUCCUUAUUUAAAUCGGUGGCAUGCCUCCAAGGCCACGGACGACCCGCCAUCCGAGGUCACUUCCACUACCGAUAACAACCCCUCAGAGAAUGAUGAAGAUGCGGCGACGUCGGCGGAGGGUUCCCCUGAGAAUACUUCGGACUCGCCAUAUGCCAAUAUUGUUGUGGAGAAAUUGGACCAUUUUCAUAUCAUGACCAUUGGCAUCAAUCGACCCGAGAAACGAAAUUGCGUAGAUAUCCAGACCGCCGAGGAGUUGCACGCGGCCUUUGAAGAUUUUGAACGCGACGAGUCCAUGUACGUGGCCGUAUUUCAUGGUUUAGGCGGCAAUUUCUCGGCCGGCUUCGAUUUGGAAGAGUUGUCGAAGUACGAAGACGACUUGGCCAAUAAGAUUGCUGCCACCAUGUUCGAUCGGGGACCCAUGGGACCGACUCGAAUGGAGUUUACCAAACCGGUCAUAGCCGCUGUGAGUGGCUGGGCCGUGGCUGGUGGCUUAGAAUUAGCGUUGAUGUGUGAUAUGCGGAUCUUGGAGGAGUCGGCUCGGAUUGGCGUGCUAUGUCGCCGCUUUGGCGUGCCCUUGAUUGAUGGUGGAACCGUUCGAUUGCCGGAAUUGAUUGGCUUAUCCCGGGCCUUGGACCUAAUAUUGACCGGGCGAAUUGUGAAUGCGAAAGAAGCCCUGGAGUUGGGGGUAGCGAAUCGGGUGGUUCAAACUGGCACGGCUUUUGGCCAAGCCAUGAAUUUGGCACGAGAAUUAACCAAGUUCCCACAAGAAUGCAUGAGAGCCGAUCGCAAUUCAGCCAUUUAUGCUACGUUUUCGUCAAAGUCAUUAGAGAGCUCCCUCCAAUUCGAAAGCGAACAUGCUCUGCCCAUUUUGAAAAGGGAGUCAAUCCAAGGAGCUAAGAAAUUUGCAGAGGGCUUGGGCAAACACGGCAAAUUCAAUGUUAAUAAAGUAGUAGAACCUCAGGAGUGGCAAAAAGAAUUGGACGAAAUCAAAGACAACAUCAAAGAGAAAGCGAAGAAAAAUGAGGACGAUGACUCAAAGCUGUUGAAAGAUUGAAUAGGCUGUCCAUGAUUUGAAUAAAUUUGUUUAUUUGUUUUCAAA